CCACCCGCGGGCAUCGCUGCCCCGCGCUCAGGUUGCUCAGCAACGAGGGAACGUGGGGCGGGAGCUCGCGCUGGUCCCCAGCCCGCCGCCCGUCUCCUGCCGGCGCCCGCUGCCCUUUUUCCCCAGGUCCCCUUUCCCCGUUGCUCCUUCUCUAGGGAUAGGAGAGGUCACCUCCCGGCCCGCCGCAGGGUCACUGCUCCCCGCCCGCCCUCCCGGGAGCUUAGCAACGGUUGCUACGACCCGCAGCGGGCAACGCCCCGCCCCCAGCGCGCGCGGUCUGACGUCACUUCCGCCGGCGACCCCCUCCAGACCCGCUCGCGAAACCCUGUCAAAGGACCAAAGGCGACCCGUGCAGGUGCACGACGCCAGCUCCCUUCUUGGGGGCGGGGGCCUGGGGGCUGCCAUGGCCCCCAGCCACCUGUCAGUGCGGGAGAUGAGGGAGGAUGAGAAGCCCCUGGUGCUGGAGAUGUUGAAGGCCGGCGUGAAGGACACGGAAAACCGCGUGGCCCUCCAUGCCUUGACACGGCCGCCGGCCCUGCUCCUCCUGGCGGCGGCCAGCAGCGGCCUGCGCUUUGUCCUGGCCUCCUUCGCCCUGGCCCUCCUCCUGCCGGUGUUCCUGGCUGUGGCUGCGGUGAAGCUGGGCCUGCGGGCCCGAUGGGGCUCACUGCCUCCACCGGGUGGCCUGGGGGGGCCCUGGGUGGCCGUGCGGGGCUCCGGUGACGUGUGUGGGGUCCUGGCCCUGGCCCCUGGCACGAACGCAGGGGACGGGGCCCGGGUCACCCGCCUGUCUGUCUCUCGCUGGCACCGCCGCCGGGGCGUGGGCAGGAGGCUGCUGGCCUUCGCGGAGGCCCGGGCUCGGGCCUGGGCUGGGGGCAUGGGGGAGCCCCGGGCCCGGCUCGUGGUCCCCGUGGCUGUGGCUGCCUGGGGAGUGGCGGGGAUGCUGGAGGGCUGCGGCUACCAGGCCGAGGGGGGCUGGGGCUGCCUGGGCUACACGCUGGUGAGGGAAUUCAGCAAAGACCUGUGAGGCUACAGGCUGACAGCCAGGGCAGGGAAGGAGGGAGGGGCGCCAGCACCUGAAGAGCGCCUACUGUGUGCAGGUACUUUUACGUGCUCUCCCUCCGUGAGUCCUCAGCCACCCAGGGCCCAGAAACAGAGGCCUGCCGAGGGGAGGAGCCUGGCCUGUGCCCGGCAGUCGGCAGUGUGAGGUCUGGAGUGUUUGAGCUUCUAAGAGUGCAAUGACUCCUUUUCCUUCCUGGCCCUCAGGGGCCUCUCGAGGUCAGCCUCUCCAAAACCCCUACCUCAGCUCUGUCUGCACUGAGAAAUCUCCCCGGUGGAUGUCUGCAAAGUCUGUGCCCCAAGCCUGGGAGAGCUAUCUGGGGAGGGGGAGAGGAGGCCCAGCAGAAUAUGCCCUCGAGUUAGGGUUUGCGACUCCGCCUCCCUGGGACCCGGAUUGGGUCAGAUGCCUGUGCUUGGAGGGGACAAGGUUGACUGCUUAGCGGGCGCGGUGCACAGGGCUGCCAGGCCUGGCCCCUCUCCGGGAAGGUCAGUCGAGAGCUGAGAUGGGCAGCCCUGUCCCUUCCCCCAGACCCGUCUGGUUUUUUACACCGUUUGUUAAUAAAGCCUGGAACCGCUGUG